GAUUUUUGCACCAAGGCAAGCAUAGUAUAAUAAUCUAAAUGACUAUAAUCAAGUCUACAUCUAGCACAGGGUUAUUUUUUUAAAAGUCAAUAUAUCUAGAUCUAGAAUCUAUAUAACCUAUUUAAUUUAUUUAAAAAUUUAAACAUGCCUCAAAGAGGUCGUUUAAAACCUGACGAUGAACAGAGAGUGCGUGAAAAUAUAAUUAUAUUGAAAGAAAAUAUAGAUGGUCAACUUUUCUUGGAUUUAUUUUUUCAAAAAAAAAUUAUUACCCAAGAUGAAAGACUACAGAUCAAAGCAUUGCCUACUCGUUUGAACCGUGCAGAUGCUUUCUUAGAUCGACUUUUGGAUUCUGGGCCAGGUGAUGCUUAUGGUUGUUUUAUUGAAAUUUUGAGACUUAACUAUGAAGCAAUUGCAAACACUGUCCAACAAGGGAUGGUCGGAAGCUCAUACUAUUCCUGGUUUGAAAACAGUGACAAUUUCAGCAGUGUCAGAAGAGAUCAUAAACUAAAAGCAGCAGACAUAUCCCAGUUGGCAGAAUGUUUUCAAGUUAAUUGGCCAGUAAUUUUCUUAAGAUUACAAUUUUCAAGCUGUCUUAUUGAGCAAGAGUAUGUUAGAAAUCCACAAGAUAAGAGAGCUGUCAUUGUUAACUUGAUGAAAAAGAGAGAUAUAACAUUAAAAACACUUGUGGAGACUCUUCGAAAAGUUGAAGAUGAUCACUCAGCAAUCUUUGAUUGGAAGACUUUAGAAAAGUUUGUUGCAAAGUUGCCCUUAUAGACCAGUGGCUUUGCUUAAAACUACACCAGUCUUUAAUUAUCUCUACCCAUUUUUGUUUUUGAAGAAUCUGUAGACAUUGAUAUGAAAAAGGCUUUGUUUUCAAUUUUAAGCACAAUAAAAUAUAUUGUUAGUUAGUUUGAUUUGAAUUUCAUAAAUGAUCUAAUUAUUUUUUUACAUACUUCUAAUUGAUAAUGAAAAGGAGAUAUUAUAAUUCUAAAUAAAAAUUCUAAAUCAUAAUGAGUACUAACUGAAAAAUCUUUCUUUAUGAAGCAUAUUUUUAGGUUCUACAGUAAAUUAGAAUUCACAUUUACCUGAGUGUGCUUAAAUAUAGAUUGACAAUUUUAAUGCUCAAAAUAGGUACAAAAUGUAUUCUCAAAUUAAGAUGCAUAUUUUAAACACAUUUUGUACAAUAAAAAAAAGAAUGGUUUAAGUUACACACAGAAGCUAUUAUUUUAUCAUUUACCUUUGUAACUCUGAUUUCACUAAUGUAUUCAUUGUGUUUAAAUAUGUUCAUUUGAUUUAUAAAGGAAAUAUGCAGAUUGUAUGCAUAAUUUGUGUGUAAAUGAUAAUAAUGAUAAUGUAUUAAUUAAUGUAAGGUAUUUGUCAAUUCAAUCUAGGUGUGAUUUAGUGUGUAAAAUAAUGUAGAAUGACUACAAUGUUUUUUGUUUGUGUGGGUUUAGCUGAGACCAAUUGUUAUAGAAGGCCUCAACCCUGACCUGACUUCAUAACCUGUGAGCAGUUUAUACCAAUAGCUUGUUGCCAUGCCACAGGUCUAAAAAAUAACUAUGUUCUGCUGGUGUGGACAGUAUAGAAGCACUUAUUACAAUUUGACAGUUGGACAGUAUAGAAGUCUUUAUUACCAUUCAACAAUUGUGCUGAGUCAAACACUUAUCCCGCAUGGGAGGAUGAUGUAACAGAGGCUCCCCAUAAUUGCUAAAAAGAUCAACUCGGAAGCCAUUUUGCCCUCUCAGGCAUAGAGGAAAGUAGAUGGCAGCAGAUGGCCUCUGUAAGGGACACACAUUUGAACCCAUCUAAAGGAAAGCCCUUAUGGAUGACAGACGUUGAAGACAAAAACAAAAUUUAAAAAGACCACCAGCGGACAGAAGCUUUGUCUGCAAUUAGUUUUUUUUUAAUCUAUCUUUUACUUCCUUUAUGUAACUUCUUAAUUGGAUUUACCUUUUCUCUUUAUUUGUUGUAAUUUAAUGACAUUUGUAAAGCCAACUUUUUUUUAAAAUUGUGAAUUUUAGUAUUAUACAUGAAAGAGUACUUAAAAUAUAUAGACCUUCAUCUCAA